UCAGGUUUUAUCUUGGUUUUAAGAUUUUAUCAUAUUGUGAUUUUAUCCUAAAAGAGAUAAGGACUUAUUGACUUAAUUUAUACUCCCUGCUGAUCCUAAGGAGUGUUUUUAUUUUAAAAUGGAAUCAGGUUUGUUGAUGAAAGAAGAUGAAUAUUACAAGGAGAAUGAAAAAAUCGAAGAACAGACUAAACAAUUACUACAAAAAGUUAAUGAUGUUAUGAAAAUACAAGAUAAUAUGAUAAGAGAUAGCUUAAAGACUCAAGUAGAACUAAGCAACGUGAAAAAAGCUCACUAUAAGGUCCCAGCAAAAUCGUCUAAAGAUCACGAGGAUAUUUUUACAAAUGAUUUUAUUUUCGAUGAACAGAAAACAUCAGAAAAUUCUAAUAAUUACAGUAAUGGACUAUGUAGAGUAUACAGAGCAAAACUAAAAUCAAUUAUACCCGAAAAAGAAAGAUUACAAAGUGAUCUAGAGCACAAGAAUGAUGAAAUCAGAAAAUGUCAAAAGGAAAAUCAACAAUUCAGAGAGGAAAAAGAAAAAUGGUUUUUAGCAUAUAAUGGAGCAAAAAAUACAGUUGGUAAGCUAGAGAGCCAGUUAACCAGCCUGAACACUAUAUUGCAAACGAAAGAUAGCGAAAUGAACUCACUGAAAAAAGAUCUAGAACAAUUAAAGAAACAACUAAAAAGUGCCAGCCUGAGUCUCAGCAAUUGUGAAGUGAGACUUGUCAGAACAAAUGAAGAGAAUGACAGAUUAAAAAUUGCUUUAAAAUCAGCUAAGGAAGAUGAAAAAGAAUUAAAAGAAAGCUACAGAAAACAGAUCAAUGAACUAAACAGUGCAUUAAAACAAAUUGAAAAACAAAAAAUGGAAUUACUGAAUGGAUUUAAAAAGCAGAUGAAAUUAAUCGAUGUAUUGAAGAAACAAAAGUUUCAGAUAUGUUUAGAGUCAGUAAAAGUGGGCAAAAUGUUAGAAACAGAGUACCUCAAACUCUUAGAAUGGAAGUUUGAAUAAUAAACAAAAUAAAACAUA